UGCAUCGGUAGGUAUGUACCCUAAUAUUUGCGAGACAGCUGUCUGAGGUCCUCCUUACACCUGUAAGGCGUUAUGCUUAAAGUACCGGCAUAGUUCAGAGCCAUAACAAAAACAACGACACGGAUUCGAUGCCAUUUGUGCUACAUCGUCCGCCCUACACAUGAACGGCUCUUAUAUAUAGCGGGGGAGGAGACGCUGUCAGUAUCCAGUUUCCCAUAUCCUGCGAAUUCCACGCGAUUUGGUCCGAAGAACGACGGAAUUCUGAAUAAUUAUGUCAAGCACAACACUGGACGAUGAUGCGAAGCAGGUCAAGAACCUGGGAUAUAAGCAGGAGCUCAAGAGAACACACACGACAUGGUCGCUCUUCGGGCUUGCUUUCAUCGUUCUAAACACGUGGACGGCGCUAUCAGCGUCGUUCUCGCUGGCGCUUCCAUGGGGUGGCCCCUCGGUUGUGCUAUGGGGCCUUGUCGUUUCGGGUAUAUGUAACGGGUGCUUAGCCGCGAGCAUGGCCGAGUUUGCGGGACUGUAUCCUACCGCUGCGGGCCAAUACUACUGGGUUGCGAUUGUAUCGUCCCAGGAAUGGGCACCACUGCUGUCAUGGAUCUGUGGGUGGGUAAAUCUGGUCGGUUGGGUAUUCCUCACGGGCAUGGCUGCAAGCUUCGCGUCGACCAUGAUUGAGGGGAUGGCGGCCAUGAUGAAUCCUACAUAUGUUAACCAAACUUGGCACACGUUCUUGAUCUACGCCGGAAUCGCGACCCUCGUAUUUUGCGUCAACGCCCUCGGCAACAGCCAAUUGCCCUUGCUCAACAAAACAGCCCUUGUGUGGUCCCUUGUUGGAUUCGCGAUCAUAACCAUGUCUGCACUUGCUUCCGCGGCCCCGAAUUAUCUGCCCGCAAGCUUCGUCUUUGGUGGAGUCAUAAACAAGUCGGAAUGGCCAACAGGCCUUGCCUGGACGAUUGGAUUGCUGCAGGGAACGCUAUCUCUCAUAGGCUACGACGCCCCCGCCCAUCUCUGCGAGGAGAUCAUAAAUCCCUCCAAAAACGUCCCACGAGUAAUGAUUGGCUCAGUAAUCAUCGGUACAAUCUCGGGCUUCUGUCUCUGUAUGGCGCUCCUCUUUGUCUCACCCGAAAUUGAGUCGGUCCUCGCCGCACCCGAAGGCGCCCUUCUGCACAUCCUCACCUCGGCCACUGGGUCCCAGCAGGGUGCAAUAACGCUCAAUACCUUUCCCACACUCUGUUUGAUACUCGGCACCACAGCGAUCAUGACCACCGCCUCGCGCUUGAUGUGGGCCUUCGCCCGCGACGGCGGACUCCCCUUCUCCCCAUGGCUCGCACACGUACAUACCGGCCUCGGGAUCCCACUUAACGCGCUAGUAGUGACCUAUGUCGUCGUAUUGAUCUACGGCCUCCUCUUCUUUGCCGGUGCGGCAGCAUUGAACGCCCUCGUCUCGGCGAGUAUCGUGAGUUUGGGUAUCAGCUAUGCCUUCCCCACGUUCGUGAACAUGUGUGGCGGUCGUAGACGCCUCCCCAAGAAUCGCCCAUUCCGAAUGCCGGAGCCCGUCGCUUGGGUGGUGAAUUUCAUCGGUGUAGCGUUCGUCGCUGUUACUACGGUGCUAUUCUGUUUACCGCCUGGAGGCCCGACUGUUACGAAGCAGACGAUGAAUUAUACGGUGUUGGCAUUGGGAAUCGUUGUUAUCAUUGCCGUAGGCGAUUACUUUUUGGAUGGGAAGAGGAGAUUCAAGGGGCCCCGGCUACCGGUGUUUGAUGAUGAAGAUUUGGAGAGGUUGCAAGAUGUAGGGGUUUUUGGGGGUAAACCAUCGGUGGAUGUUAGGAUGGCUUGAUGGGUUUAGGUGGAAUGUAAUGAUCAAUGGGCCGACGUUCACGGUUGCAUGGGAUAUCACUUGCAUGAUUUAUGACCAGUCGCGUCAAAAAAUUGGCCUUAGCUCAUCUAGAAAAAACGGUGA